UAAUUAAAAAAAGAAAACACGAGUGCACACUUUACUUGAGGAGUUGAGCUAUCUAUCUUGAUAGCAGUCAUUCCUUCUCCCCCCUCUCCCUCUCCAAAAACCAUGUCCUUCACCGCAUCCAGCAACCUCCUUCCCAACACAGCCAUCCUCUCCUCCCGCAGAAAGCAAAGCGCCAGCUUCAAUCCACGCGCAUCCUCCAUCAAAUGCGAUCUCUUUUCCCCCACUUCUUCCCCUUCACCACUAAACCCUAAACCCCACUCCAACUCCAACUCCAAUUCCAAACAACCAAAAAUCCAAAAUUCCCUCCUUAAAGCCCUCACCUUCUCCGGCACCGCCGCUGCCGCCAGUAUCUUUUUCCGCCUCACCCCCGUCAUCGACGGCGGUGGAGGCAAUUGUGGAGGCGGAGGAGGAGGAGGAGGGGGCGGGGACGGAGGAGGAGGAGGAGAGUUCUGGAAGCAGCUGUUUUUUGAAGCGCCGGCGAAUGCCGAUGAGUCACAAUCGGAAGAUUGGGACUCACACGGAUUGCCAGCCAACAUUGUUGUUCAAUUAAACAAGCUUAGCGGUUUCAAAAAAUACAAACUAUCAGAAAUUCUGUUCUUCGACCGGCGAAGAUGGACUACUAUAGGCACGGAAGACUCGUUUUUCGAGAUGGUUUCUCUCCGUCCUGGCGGAGUUUACACGAAAGCUCAGUUACAAAAGGAACUUGAAAGUCUAGCUACUUGCGGAAUGUUCGAGAAAGUGGAUAUGGAAGGAAAGACAAAUCCUGAUGGAACUAUAGGGAUCACAAUUUCCUUCACUGAAAGCACAUGGCAAUCAGCUGAUAAGUUUAGGUGCAUUAAUGUUGGAUUAAUGCAGCAAUCGAAGCCGAUCGAAAUGGAUUCAGAUAUGACUGAUAAGGAGAAGUUGGAGUAUUAUAGGAGUCAGGAGAAGGAUUAUAGGAGGAGGAUUGAGAGGGCAAGGCCAUGUUUGUUGCCUACGCAGGUACAUAGGGAGGUUUUGCAGAUGUUGAGGGAGCAGGGGAAGGUUAGUGCACGGUUGUUGCAGAAGAUUAGAGAUAGAGUGCAGAAAUGGUAUCAUGACGAGGGGUAUGCUUGUGCUCAAGUUGUUAAUUUUGGGAAUUUGAAUACUAAGGAGGUGGUUUGUGAGGUUGUGGAAGGGGAUGUUACUCAAUUGGUUAUUCAGUAUCUGGAUAAGUUGGGGAACGUUGUUGAAGGGCACACACAACUUCCUGUUGUCAAGAGAGAGUUGCCCAAACAGGUGAAUGUCACACAACUUCCUGUUGUCAAGAGAGAGUUGCCCAAACAGCUUCGACAAGGUCAAGUUUUUAACAUUGAAGCUGGGAAACAAGCUCUGAGGAACAUCAACUCCCUAGCCUUGUUUUCAAACAUUGAAGUCAAUCCGAGGCCAGAUGAGAAGAAUGAGGGAGGAAUCAUUGUUGAGAUCAAGCUUAAAGAAUUGGAGCCUAAAUCGGCUGAAGUCAGUACAGAGUGGAGCAUUGUUCCUGGACGUGGAGGACGUCCCACAUUAGCUUCAUUCCAGCCUGGUGGAACUGUUUCCUUUGAACAUCGGAAUAUCAAAGGGUUGAAUCGGUCCAUUCUUGGUUCUAUAACCACCAGCAAUUUCUUUUCGGCUCAGGAGGAUCUGUCUUUUAAGCUUGAGUAUGUUCAUCCAUAUUUGGAUGGUGUAUAUAGUUCACGAAACCAAACUCUCCGUGCAAGCUGCUUCAACAUCCGGAAACUAAGUCCAGUCUUUACUGGUGGUCCAGGUGUGGAUGAAGUCCCUCCGAUAUGGGUUGACCGGACUGGCAUGAAAGCUAACAUUACAGAGAAUUUUACCCGUCAGAGCAAAUUCACCUAUGGGAUUGUGAUGGAGGAGAUAACAACAAGCGAUGAAAGUAGCCAUAUCUCUUCAAAUGGUCAAAGAGUAUUGCCAAGUGGAGGAAUUAGUGCAGAUGGACCUCCAACAACUCUCAGUGGCACUGGCGUUGACCGGAUGGCAUUCUUACAGGCCAACAUCACGCGUGACAACACCAAGUUUGUAAAUGGAGCUGUAGUUGGUGAUAGGAACGUUUUCCAGGUGGACCAAGGCCUUGGCAUUGGCAGCAAGUUUCCAUUCUUCAACCGUCACCAGCUGACAUUGACCCGAUUUAUCCAGUUGAAGGAGGUGGAGGAAGGUGCUGGGAAACCACCACCACCUGUACUAGUACUAAAUGGCCAUUAUGGUGGUUGUGUUGGAGACCUUCCGAGUUAUGAUGCUUUUACUCUCGGGGGACCUUAUUCUGUGAGGGGUUACAAUAUGGGUGAGCUGGGAGCAGCCAGAAACAUUCUUGAGCUUGGAGCGGAGAUACGCAUACCUGUGAGAAAUACACAUGUUUAUGCAUUUGCAGAGCAUGGCAACGAUCUAGGAACUUCUAAGGAUGUGAAGGGGAACCCAACAGAGGUCUACAGGCGAAUGGGUCAUGGUUCAUCUUAUGGAGUUGGUGUCAAGCUGGGUUUAGUUCGAGCUGAGUAUGCUGUUGAUCAUAACACUGGCAAUGGUUCAGUGUUCUUCCGGUUUGGAGAGAGAUACUGAAAAGCUUUAUUAUCAAUUUAGGUUGGAUUAGCACAUUUCGGCCAUCAGAUUUUUGGAAUAACUGCCAGAGUUUUUGAUAAUCUGAAAUCUCGUGUGAUACUUAGAAGUAGUCUAGUAGAUACAUGAUUCAAUUUGAGUGGAUCUUAUCUAGUCAGUUGUUGGGAAUCAUAUGCUUCGUGUCAGGCUUUGCAGGAGCUGAGAGAUGUUGAGAAAACUGUGAUGCCCCAGUUGUGGUUUGUGGACUCAAAAGACAUUUGACUUUGCUUAGCAUGUUAUUGUUUUUUUUAGAGUGAAAUAAAAAUUAUUUUU